AUGGUUCAGCAAUUGAUAAAUGAAGAUGGCAAAGAUUAUCCUUUAGCUAAAAAAUAUAUUUCUUCGGGGCUAUAUAUGGAUGAUUUUUUAACGAGUGUUCCGGACGAAAUUGAAGCUAAAGAAUUAUAUAAUCAAUCGGUAAAGCUCUUCAAAGGUGGUUGUUUUGACUUAGUUAAAUGGUCGACUAAUUUGGACAAUUUGUUAUCAGAAAUUCCGCUGGAAAAACGUUUACAAAAUUCGGUUACAUUUAAAUCGGAGACUAAAGUUUUAGGGAUGCAAUGGGAUCCGCAGAGGGAUGUUUUGAACUAUAGGUUAACCACCCCCGAUAAAAAUUGUACAAAACGUAAGAUUUUAUCUCUUACUGCAAAAUGUUAUGAUCCUAUUGGUCUGAUUGCUCCAUUUAUUUUGCAUUUAAAGUUAAUGAUCAGGGAGUUAUGGCAACUAAAAUUGGGUUGGGAUGACUCACCCCCGGAUACGAUUAAAAAAUCAUGGAAAAAGGUAUGCAAUGAAUGGCAAGAUUUUUCAAAAUUUGAGGUCCCUAGACAUGUAGGAGCCAUGAGGGAUGUUCCGAUUAUGAUUUUGGGGUUUGCGGAUGCAAGUCAAGACGGUUACGGUGGGGUAGUUUAUUUAAGGGUUGUAAAUUCUAGCGGUGAAGUGAGUGUGAGACUGGUUGCUGCAAAAUCGAGAUGUGCACCUUUAAAAAAGACCAUGACCAUUCCGAAGCUAGAAUUAUGCGCGGCUUUGUUGUUAUCAUCUUUGCUGAAGUUAAUAUUUGAAAAUUAUAGCAAACUUACUCAUAUUUCACAACUAGUUGCGUAUUCUGAUUCGACCACGGUGCUCACUUCUGCUCAUGAAGCUCGGCUUGUCAAACGAGCCGAACCUCGAGCCAAGCCGAGCUAA